AUGUCAAGUGCUCGGCUGUCAAGUUUUUGGGUCUCGCGGGGCCCGAAAGCUUUUUACCGUUUUUCCUCAUUCCAGUCGAAGACGUCAGCUGUCACUGAGCCUUUGGGAUAUCCCUAUUUUUGCAAGAAAUUCCGCUCUGAGAUUGAUUUGUUCAAGAAGUAUUGCGCAUCUGAUUCCAAGGGCAAUCUGGACUUGUUCAGGAACUUGCACAGAUACAAUAAGAAUGUGUCAAAUAAAGAACGUCUCUCACUUUUUGUCACCACAUUGAAACGCAACAAGCAGUUUUACGACUACUUGAUGGAACAAUUGAAUCCAUCCAAAACAUCAGAUGAUCCUGUAUCACCUCCAGCGGAAUCAGGGCAGCCAGAAACUAUUGGCUCUCUUCUAACAAAAGUUAAGGAGAUCCCUAAGGCUGAGCCAGAGCAAAGACCUGCAGCUGUAAAGAAGAAGAAACACGAUGCCUCGUUUAAGGAUCUCCUAAGUUCUAUUAACAAGAUCCAGAAAAAAGAAUCCUAUCACCACCAUGAGCUUCCCAGAAUGACAAACUUCACCCCAAUGCCAUCCUAUCGCCCUUUCAUUAUGAGCAUAGAUCAGGCCCCUUCAAAAGCUCCUGCCGAGUUGGAGUCGUUUUUACAAGAGGCAAAGCAUCAAAAUGACAUGACACAGGAACAAUUAUUUAAAAGCGUACAAAAUUACGAGUGGGCUAGGCAGCAAACUUCUAAGGACCCACGUUCUUUUGAGGCUGGCAAUUUCUUUACCCCUGUGCUUGUUCCGAAUACUUUUGUUCCUAGCAGUCUCUUUGCAGGCCAGAACAACUCAACUAUAGACUUGUUCCCUUCCCUCGCGUCAGAAAAAGAGAUGCCCAAGGGAUAUGAGUUUAUGAUAUUGCAUGAAAACGGAAAGACGGAAAAAGUGCGAGAGUAUGAUCCUCACGAUGUGGAACCUCAAAAGCGCAACGUUUCGAAGCUAUUAGCCCAAUUACGGUCACCCGAAGCGUAUAUCAAACAUAUCAAUAAGCUGAUAGCUCAAAAUUGGCAUCUCCUCGAUGGAGAUCUGGAUAAACUGGUAUUCUUCAGGAAGAAAUCCACCAAGUUCUAUCUGUGGGCAAGAAACAGUCUGGCGGUCGUUGGUUUAGGCUUUCUCGUUAUCCUUGGCCUGAGCUAUUUCGUGGAUCCCGACGAGAUUACACAGCUCGCAGACUACAAGGAUGCCAGAAGAAACAAAGACAUAACAAUUACAUGA